ACAAUCUUUUGUGUGGUGCAUUGUGAUGCAUAAUUUCCUACGUACACAAUAUACUAAACUGUUGUAUGUAAAUAGUAAGACGAUGUGAAACAUGCUUUUUGGUAACCUAUCGUAGAUACAUAAAUGUAUACUAUAGUUUUCGUUUGUGAACCACGCUCCUAGAAGCAUGUUUUCGGCGGACCGCAAGCUUAUCGGUAGACUAGGGCAAUUUUGUAUUUCAGCGCCAAUUCCCGCGGGAUUAAGCAUGUAUCAUGUCAUCAAGUCAGUAACAGCGCUUCGAGGAGCGAACGCAAGUGAUAGUGCUCAAACUGUGGUGCUACGUACGUGAGCCCCUGGUAACGUGGGGCAAAAGAUAGGAAAACAAUACAAUCGUUUGAUGUCUGUGAGAACGGACAAUACCUCACCUGCCGUAGAACAACGCGAUCCGGUGUGUUUAGGGUAGUUUUAUGUUUGUGCUUUCCACGAGCAGCACACGAUAACGCAAUGCGACCACGUAAGACGUUCAUGCUGGUUGGUGUACUGGUCGUCUGGGUGCUGAUGACUUAUCUCGCAUUUAUGCGCACGGUGCGCGUAUCAGAUGGAGGUAGGCGUGCUGGUCCCGCCGUAAACAGCCGGUUCGUAAUGGAGAAGGUGCAGUACCUGGAGCAGAAUCUCAAAAGCUUUUCCGAAAAUCGCCAGAAUUUAUACCGAGAUAUUAUUAAGAUUCUACGAAAGGACCCCCCUACUGCAAGCUCCCAGGCACUAAGGUUACCAGUUUCAUCGGAGCCAUUACCGGUGCGGCAGGAAAGUAUUUUGCAAAACGUCGAUGAUUAUGGGGAAAAGAAAAUAGUUCCUAAAGAUGGCGAAGUUGAAGGGAACGAACUGCUGGAUGCAGCGGCUCCACUGGCCCCAAUUCCGGAAGCCGAAGACAUUCGACCGGAAGCGGAACGUGUACUUAGCAAGUUCCAGCAGCGUUACCUGAACAACGAUCCCGCCUUCCCGAUCAUUCCGGUCGUGGUAUUUGCAUGCAAUCGCAUUUCCGUUAACAAAUGUUUGGACGAUCUCAUUCGCUACCGGCCGAGUGCAGAGCAGUUUCCAAUCAUUGUCUCCCAGGACUGCGACGAUGAGCCGACGCGCAACACUAUCCUAUCCUAUCGGGACGAAGUUACACUUAUCCGUCAGCCUGAUCAAUCCGACAUUCCCGUUCCACCUAAGGAAAAGAAAUACAAAGGAUACUACAAAAUUGCACGGCACUACGGAUGGGCUUUGCGGACCGUGUUUGGUCAAGGGUUUGAUUCGGUCAUACUGGUGGAGGACGAUCUCAGUGUGGCCCCCGACUUUUACGAGUAUUUCCUCGGCACGUACCCUAUACUGAUGCGCGAUAAAUCGCUUUGGUGUGUCUCGGCUUGGAAUGACAACGGGAAGGAUGGCCUGAUCGAUAGCAACGCGCACGAUCUGCUGUAUCGGUCUGAUUUCUUCCCCGGACUUGGAUGGAUGAUGACCAAAGAUCUGUGGGCCGAACUUGCCCCCAAGUGGCCUAAGGCCUUUUGGGACGAUUGGAUUAGACAACCUGAGCAAAGAAAAGAACGAGCCUGCAUACGACCGGAACUGCCACGCACCAGAACAUUCGGGAAAGUAGGUGUAUCAAAUGGACUGUUUUUUGAUAAACAUUUAAAGUACAUCAAACUAAGUGAAGAGUUCGUCAGCUUCACAAAAUCCAACCUGACUUAUUUAUUAAAGUCUGUGUAUGACGAUGCGUUUCUGAAAGUAGUGUACCAGAGCCCGAUGGUGACGCUAGACGAGCUGAAGCGCGGCCUGGUGAUGACCCGGGAACCGAUUCGUAUCGCGUACCACACCAAAGAGCAGUACAAACGAGCCACCAAAACUCUUGGUUUGAUGGACGAUUUCAAGAGUGGAGUUCCGCGAACGGCCUAUCGAGGCAUCGUGUCGUUCUUCUACAGCGGCCAGCGGGUAUAUUUGGCACCGAACGCCAACUGGAAGGGGUACGAUCUCACCUGGAGUUAACAGCACGCACCGCUGCCCAGUCUCACGUAGCGACGGAAUGCGAUCAUCGUUCUUUUGAGCAAUUUUUUUCGAGGUCAUCGUAAUUGGUGAAUUUUGUGGGACUUUUAUCACACACAUUAGCGAAACUUGCAGGGCCAGUCGAGCAUAUAAUGUUAGCUUCAAUCUUAGUUGUCUUUACGCAGCGGGUUUUUCUUGAUCCGGGCGUUUUUGUCUUAUUCUGUUUUUAUGAGACCGUUUACCUUACAUUACAGUUAAGUAAAGUUCCUUUUCCGUAUGAUCUACAAUAGAUACCUCCAUUUACGUAUCGUAAA